GCGGGCCAGAAUCCCUCUUCAACCUUCUGCUUUCUGGAGGGGCACCUUCAACCAACUCCGCGGUGCACGGGCAGCGGCUUCCUUAGUUGUAAAGAAUAAGUGAAAAUAACACUUUUACACAGACACAAUGUCCUUCCUCUCCGUCAGCAGGCUAGCGCCUAAACUGCUCAAUUCAAAGAACGCCUCCUACUUCCUCGUGGCAGCAAGAAAUGCCAGCGCAUCAACAACAAAUCUGAAGGAUGUUCUGUCAGACCUCAUCCCUAAAGAACAGACCAGGAUCAAGAACUUUAAACAACAGUACGGCAAAACCAACAUAGGACAAGUUACUGUUGACAUGGUCUAUGGAGGCAUGAGGGGGAUGAAGGGCCUGGUGUAUGAAACCUCUGUUCUGGAUCCCGAUGAGGGCAUCCGUUUCAGGGGCUACAGUAUUCCAGAGUGCCAGCAGCUGCUGCCUAAAGCUCCAGGAGGUGACGAGCCGCUGCCUGAAGGCCUCUUCUGGCUGCUGGUCACAGGACAGGUGCCCACUGAGGAGCAGGUGAACUGGGUUUCCAAAGAGUGGGCGAAGAGAGCAGCGCUUCCCUCCCACGUCGUCACCAUGCUGGAUAACUUCCCCACAAACCUGCACCCCAUGUCUCAGUUCAGCGCCGCCAUCACCGCUCUGAACAGCGAGAGCAGCUUUGCACGGGCUUAUUCUGAGGGCGUCCACAAGUCCAAGUACUGGGAGUUUGUCUAUGAAGACUCCAUGGACUUGAUCGCUAAGCUGCCCUGCAUCGCUGCCAAGAUCUACCGCAACCUGUACCGUGAAGGCAGCAGCAUCGGAGCCAUCGACUCCAACCUGGACUGGUCCCACAACUUCACCAACAUGCUGGGUUACGGAGACGCCCAGUUCACCGAGCUAAUGAGGCUCUACCUCACCAUCCACAGCGAUCACGAAGGAGGAAACGUCAGCGCCCACACCAGCCACUUGGUGGGCAGCGCUCUGUCUGACCCCUACCUGUCCUUCAGCGCCGCCAUGAAUGGUCUGGCUGGUCCUCUGCACGGCCUGGCCAAUCAGGAGGUGCUGGUGUGGCUGACGGCCCUGCAGAAGGAGUUGGGUGGAGAAGUGUCUGAUGAGAAGAUGAGGGAUUACAUCUGGAACACACUGAAGUCUGGAAGGGUUGUGCCCGGUUAUGGCCACGCCGUCCUGAGGAAGACCGACCCACGUUACACCUGCCAGCGUGAGUUUGCCCUGAAGCACCUGCCCAACGACCCCAUGUUCAAGUUGGUCGCCCAGCUCUACAAGAUUGUGCCCAACGUGCUGCUGGAGCAGGGUAAGGCCAAGAACCCCUGGCCCAAUGUCGACGCCCACAGCGGAGUGCUGCUGCAGUACUAUGGAAUGACCGAGAUGAAUUACUACACUGUGCUGUUCGGUGUGUCCCGAGCCCUCGGCGUGCUGGCUCAGCUGGUGUGGAGUCGAGCUCUGGGCUUCCCGUUGGAGCGCCCCAAGUCCAUGAGCACGGAUGGACUGAUGACACUGGUGGGAGCCAAGUCGGGCUGAAGAACCACCUGAAAGGAGCUGUGUGUGUGUGUGGGGGGGGUGGGGUUAGUGUGAAGGGUGGGAGGAGGUGCAGAUAUCAAACCACAGACACAAGUUGACCCCCUUGUCAUUUCCAACCCGAGGAUUCAAUGGGAUUCAAAGAGACAGUACGCUUUUAAUGUCAUUUCACAAAAGAAGGGCCUUUUUUUUAAAAUCGUCAACCAUUUAGCGUUUGAGCGCGUUUAGUUAACCAAGUGACCAGUUCGUCUCCUGGUGUCUCCAUAUCUGGAGCGCCAGAGGUGAAAACGUCAGACACACAUACAUGUAACCAGUAGUCGGCUCAAACUAUGUUCCAGUAGACGUCUGCUAGCAUCGCUAAGAUUUCCCCCCCGUGCAGUGCCUGCGUGUUUGUCAUUGGGCACUGAGUCUGAACUAUGAAUAGGCAGUGGCAUUCAAAGGGAAUUGUGGGAGUGAAAUAAACUUCCUUUUGUAUUUGUUGAAACAUCUAAAAGUUACACCAACCUUUUUCUUGCUGCUUUUGGCUGAUGCAGUGAUUUUUUUUUUGUUUUAGAGGUUAUCCCCCCAAAAAACAAAACUACCUGUCGUGUUUUUUUGUUUUGUUUAGUUUUUUCCCCCAAUCAAGACUCUAAACUUAGUUUCUUCUAUGCAAAUGUUGCCAGAUGACAUCCCACCCAGUUUCACUCCCAUUUAUUGAACACUCCAGUUUAGAAAAAAUAAUAAUUAAAAACAAAAGGUCCUCAAGAGAUAAAUUAACAAAACACAACAUUUUAAAAAGAUGAAUAUCAGUUAAAAGAUACUGCCCCUUUAAAUCUUUGGUCUCCCCUCUUUUUUUUCUCUCUCUCUCUCUCCAAUUUGUAUUUUUUUUUUCUGUUUUAACGAUGACCUGUAUUUCCUCCCUAUGAUCAAAAUAAGUCUCGUCGAUAUACAAAUUAUGUUCCUUCCUGUUGUGUAUGGGUCUCCCUGCUCUACGGGCUCCUCUGAAGGGUAGAUAAAUCACGAAUAAUGUACAGUAACAGUAAAUAUUUGAGCAGAGGGUGUUGUAAUCGGCAGCCUGACGUCGAUCCUUAAGAGCAAGCUUGAAUUUAAAAAAAAAAAACCGUGGGAUAGGGGGGCUUUGUAGUAGUUAAAGUCCCUCUUAUCUGAGUGUGUGUUUGUUACUUUAUCCCCACAGGAGAGCGCUUUGAACAUCAAUUACUCCAAAAAUGAGCACUUGCUUGAUUGGAAACCCUAAUUUAGUAGUAGUUAGAAGAAAAAAAAACCUCCCCAGGUUGAUUGUGUCCCCUUUUUACUUUUUUUUUUUUUCUUGGUGUUGAAUAUGUAUAAAAAUUAUAAUCUUUUGGGGGUUCUCAUUUUGUGGUUUUUAUUUAUACUUUGUGUACAUAGGUAUAUAUAUGUAUAGCUUGAAUGUAUGAGCUCUGUGCGAUCACUUGCUUGUAAUAACCACAAUGAUUACCGUAGUUUACCAACCAACCGUGUCGAAGUGUCCAGAUUUGCCGUAAACGUUCAGUCGCACUGGGUCACUGUGAAAUCCUGACAACGAACAAAAAAACAAAAACAAAACAAAAAUAAGGAAUAAAACCUGCAGCUAUCUUGUACAUACAUGAUUUCUCGCCUGAAUGUGGGCUUAGCCGGUGCUGUUUUCAGGUGUUUCACUUGAAUGUUUCAAGCUUGCUCUUAAGCUCUGGGUUUGUCAACACUCCAUUUUUGUGUAGUUUAAAAAAUAGAAUAAAGCUCUCGCGUCUUUUUUUUUUUUUCCCCCGCCGUGUUUGUCAGUAGCUCACUCAGCGCUGCGCCGCUUUAACACCUUCCCUUUUUUUAGUUUGUGUUUUGAUCGUAGUCUUCUUCCACGUGGUGGUUUUCACAGGAGACGUGGUUAUUUUGAUCGUAGAGGAGCAAUGAGGGUUGUACAUGAUGACUGGGAGAUGGAUUCAUCAGAGAACCGCUUGACGAGGAGGAGGAGGGUGAUGAUGAUGAUGAUGAUGAUGAUGAUGAUGGGGCUGGAUGGGUCACAAGGGCAAGAAAAGCUUUGAAGAGUGAAUAUUGGAAAAAAAAACCUAACAAAAAAUGAAAAACAAUAAAGGUUUUUAUUAACACUUC